CUAGGCUAUACUAUAGCGGCUAGUAAUGCAGUUUGUUUUACCUUACAUUUCUGUCGUUUGCAGAGGAGAGAGAAGGGAAUCACCUCUCCCUGUAUCUGGAUUGAUUCAGAGUAGACUGAUCGCGAAGAACUCAUGUAUCCCGCUUCAGCUGACAGGAUCCUCGUGGAAGGAGAGGUGCUGUACCGCGACAGGCAGAAGUGGCGGUCGCGAUGGUGCUGCAUGAAGAAAACAAAUCCUGCUGGAAUGCCCCACACCCAGCUGCUGAUCUAUGCGUCUAAGCCUGACACCAGCAGAGCAUCUCCGCAAGAACGGCACUCGCUUGAGGAUUUCUGUGGACUAGACUACGGCCGGCCGCUCGAGGGAGAAGCCAACGUGCUGACGGUGAUAACUGCUCACAUAUCCUACACAUUCGCCUUCAAAGUCUUGCUGGACCUAGAGCGCUGGACUCGUAUACUGAAGCGGGAGCUUGGAUCAGAAUGGAUGUUUGAUGUGAAGGUGCUUCCAACCCAGAACAAAAUCAAGGCAGGAGAGGCGACACUGCGUUUCUUCCCAUCGUACUUCAGCUUAACGUCAGGCAACCCAUGCGCCUGUCUCGGAUACUGGAUGCACAAUCAGCUACGGAGAUACGGAGGUUCUUCUGGAUUCUCCUUUGAGGCUGGCUCGAAGUGUUAUGGUGGCGAAGGUGUGUAUAGACUGGAGAGCAAGCAUGGAGCUAAAAUUAAGGACCUCUUUGACCGUGUGGCCAACAAUCGCCCAUUGCCCGACCCGCUAAAAAUGUCAAUGUCUUCAGCGCGUGAGCGCAGCAGCAUGGGCAGUGACUCCGCACCGGAAACGUCACCAGUGGGCCAUCCGGCCGUACUCGUGUCGUCAAAUGCCCGCAGCGUGCAGCGAGCCAGUGACUCUUCAGAGCUGUACACGUUACCGCCAACAAUGGCCGCCGCCGCCGGUGGCAACAGCAGCAGCGGCAUUCGAACUAGCAGCUCAUCCAUAGAACACCGCCAGUCGCCGAUGACACCGAAUAACUCCUACCAGCCAGUUCCCAGCGCUACGUCUCCUGUGACACCUGUCACGGCAGACCUGAACAUGGACCGACCACCGAUGGCUGUGCCAUCCGCGUCGCUGCAAACGGCACCGCAACCCGAAGGUCAUUACGAGAACAUGGGCGAUGGCGGUAGCAACACCUACGCAUACGUUCCCAUUAAAAUACAGCCGAGAAGCAUACCAGACGCAAAUGUGAACUAUGCAAAGCUUGAUCAGGGCUCUUUGAAUAGUGCCGGCAACCCUGGGAGUACGGCAUUGCCAGUGGCCGCAGGAGCUCGGUCUUCGUCUGCGUCUGGCGGCUCCAAUUCAGUCGGUAGCUUGCCGUCUCACUUCCGAGGACGGAUGAGUGAGACAACGUAUUCCUCGGUCGACAUUGAUAACACGCACAGCCUCAGGGUUGCACGGGAUGCCCAGGCAAGGGAUCGACAGCGUCCCAUUGAGCAGUAGUGUGAGAGUGUGUGCCUGCUGACCAGUAUAAUUAUAGUCGUUUCUUCGGAUGCCUCCUCUCACAAUUGCUUGGCUCAGCUACCUGCUAUCAUGUGUGUACCGCAUCCAGUUCACGUGGUACUCAUGCAGGGUAAGUAGCACUGGGUGUUUACUUCACUUCUGGCACUUCUGAAUGUCAGGCCGUAGCCCUAUGCAGUGUCAACUUGGAUUUAUGACGAUGUGGCCAGUGUCGUUUUUCUGUGCGCACGCUCCUAUCGGCAACUGAAGCUUUCCGUUAGCCAUAGUGCACACAACUGAUGCGUGCAGUCAAUAAUAAACCUCCAUUGAAGCAUUUAAAUAAAAUCGGCGAUGUGGUCAGGACACGUUUGUCCGUAGUCUGAGGCUACGGCAACGAUUCUGUGGCCAUAGUCAUUUCAAACCCUCUUCAAAUAAAUUCAAUCACUAAUCUCAGAACAGCAACUUAUUGCCGUAAAACUGGUCAUUUCAGAGCUACACGGAGUGUGAAUUUCUUGUUGUACCCACCGAUGAUUUCCAAUCUCAAUUGUCCAAAUAUCUGAUCCCAGCCCAGAUUAUGCAAGUUCACGCGACUAUUUUUCUUCUUCUUAAAAGGCUAUUGUGACACAAAGAACGGAUAAUAUUGGCACCAACUUACCUACCAGCUUCUUUUCACAUUCCAUGUGUUUGAACACUAUUUUUCCAUUGAUAUUUUAAAUCGCAUUGUCCAGCACACCGCUGCUGAAUUGACCUUGACUCCUUAUAAAUGCAGAUUGUAAUACCUUUUUUGAGCAAUGCUUUGAUGCAUAGUCGUCGAAUUCUUCACGACGACAUGCACUGUAGAAGUAUUUCCAUUUUUUCACCGCACUGGAUGAUGAGGUGAACUUGCUUUCCUUGAACGUUUCUGAUACAUAGCAUUUAUCUUGUUUAUUGAUGGCAAGGUGGAUUCUAAAACAAUUCUCUUACUGCCAUCAUCCUUAGACUGAAACUAGUUUUUUUAUGAGCAUAAAAAUUAUUAUGGCUGUGUUACCCGGUGGCUGCUUGUGCAGCUCCUGCCGAGAUGA